GAGCGCGCCAGCGGCGGGCGCACUUCUCCGCAGCCGGACAAACGACGACGCGCGCAGCGCACCAGCAUGGCGAGACGUCCCGCGUCGCGGCCACUGCUAUCGAUCGUGCUGUGCCCGCUGCUCGCAACUCGUCGUCCCAAGGGACAGGCCAUGCCCACCGCCCUGUGCUGGUGGUGGAUCCUGUGGUGCCUGGCGAUGGCCGGCGUCACCAGCGCGGCGACCGACACCACCGGCGACGGUGGUCGCCACCCUCGGAGUCCUUCGUCAUCGGACGAGGAGCAGCCGACGACGCCGAGGGCCAAGCUGCUCGUGAUUCUGGUGCAGGGCGUCAGGGCCGACUACAUCGACCACGCCGUGCAUCAGGGAUUCGCGCGAAUGGCCCAGGCGGGCAUCCGCGCCGAGUACGUGCUGCCGGUGUUCCCGUCCAGCCCGUACCCAAACGCGUACAGCAUUGCCACAGGCCUGUACCCGGAGUCCCACGGCAUUGUGGCAGAUGCCAUGUACGACACCGAGAAGCGUGACCUGUUCCUGGGAGUGCAGAUGGCGGGCAGCUCCGUGCCGUGGUCUCACUGGUGGGAGCGCGCCGAGCCCAUCUGGCUGUUGGCAGAGAGACGCAGGCUGCGAUCGGCCGUCUACUGGUGGCCGGGCUGCGAAGUUGCGUUGAACGAGACGCGGCCGGCCAUCUGCAUGCCCCAGCGUCCCGUUCCGGGCUGGCGCUCCCUGGACCACGACUUCCGGAACAAGCUGGACGAGGUGCUCGAAGUUUUCGACACCGACGAGCUCAGCCUGGCCAUGCUCCAGUACGGCGCAGUCGCAUACUUCGGUCGUCACCGUGGUCCAGAGAGCAAGGAGCGGCACAAAGCGCUAGCGGAAUUCGACCACCACUUGAACUACCUAAUCGAUCAGUUAGAAGCCCUGAACCUUACACAAAAGGUCACGCUGAUGGUUGUAUCGGAUCACGGCAUCGCCAACACGGGCCCCGAGUCCACCACCGACAUCAUGCUUGACAAAUACUCGCCUUACAUCAAGUACAUGCUGAACUUCGGGUCUCAUUCCAUGGUGCUUCCGAGGAAAGACAUGUUCCGGCCGCUGCACCGUGCCCUCAUCGAUGCUCGCGUAGAAGGCCUGCAGGUCUACACCAAGGACGAGAUUCCAGCCAGAUACAACAUCAAGCACAGCUCGCGGGUGCUGCCCCUAUUCCUGAUGACCACGCCCAAGUACUUCAUUUUGCCGCUCAGCGAUAGCACCAAGACAAAAGUGAACCAUAAGAAGCGCUUCUUUGGCUACCACGGAUAUGACCCCGAACUUCCGGAGAUGAGGACCAUUUUCUACGCUCAGGGUCCAGGCAUCAAGCGGGACUACGUGAUCAAGCCCCUGGUCAACGUGGACCACUACAACUUCAUGUGCCACGCGCUCGGCCUCGAACCUAAGCCCAACAACGGCUCCUGGGCGCGCAUGGACGAAGGACUCGUCGAGUCCGAGGUUGACUUCCCGCGCUACGGCAGCUCCAAGUACAGCAACGCCGCGUCGUCGCCCACCCGGGCCAGGCACCAGUGGCUCUCCUGGUCGGCACUCUUGGAACAUCUGUCUCUGGCUGCGGCAGUCGUGUCAGCGCAGCUUAGCGCUCGGCACGCCCUCUGAAACACGUACGACGCUGACGUCUCCAAGCGGUUGUGUGUGCCAAAGAAAGACUGUUCGCUUAGUUACCACAGCGAAGCUGAGGCGGUACGUGCCCGUUGGCCUCUUGAUAGCGUGAGGGCACAAUUGUGCAGUCUGUGAAGUCAGCUGAAAGUGGAUAGCGACUGCUUUUAUAGAGGGCAGCGCUGUUGUUACUGGAAUGGGAGUCACCGGACCGGUAACAACUAAGAACGCUCCACAGACCAGGUUGCAACGGCGCCAGCUAUGGAAGCUGGCCUGCUUAUACCAAUUCAGCGACACGCUGAUGGACUAGACAAGAUCAUAUACCAGGUGUUUGUGCGAAGAAUUUAAGUAAUUAAAAAAAAUUAACUGUAGCAAAUGGAACUGGUUGCUGCAGAAUCCGCCUUGCGUUCGUACAUCAUAUGCGCUAUUUGCAAUAUGCGCCGUAAGAUAAGUAUGCGCUUCGAAAAAUUUUGAAUUUUUGUUAAUUAGUCGAUUGCACUUUUCGAUUUCUGAUACAAGUAAUCUCCGCCUCUUUGAGCAAUAAAGCUCAAGGAUCAGAAUUGAGCUAUCUGCCUCACGUAAUUUUUGGAAAUUACUUUAAAUCUUCGCAGAAACGCCCACUAUGCGCAGCCGUUGCACUCAGUAACUAGCGCCUUGCGUGGUUGUUGAUUCAACUUUCGUUUUGUGGGCGUCGCCCUCGUUGACGUUUAGUAGUCGCACUGUCGCUCCAGCUAUCUCUUCCAGCACUGCGGUCAGUCUCACCACUGGGAAGCGAAAAAUAAAAUCACAAAUGAAGUAGCUAUGCGAAGUUUGUCCUUCGCGAUUCGAACGUUUGAGAGAGUUCACCGAGGUUGAGCACUGGGCUGGUCGGCGCUAGAGAAUCAAUUUAUCGCAGCAUUCAGAAACGCAAAAUUUAGUUGUAAGUUCAGCGCUCCGUGUGUCCUUUUCUGUCGUCCUUGUCUAAUGCGCUGGUAAAUAUCGGUUACAGAGAGGUCCACUAAAUAAGAAAAGUUUUUUUUUCUUGAAAGGAUCACAAUACCUCACGCAUUAUUAUGCUUUUUUUUUUGCUUUGCCUUCUAUCAUUGACCCUGGUUGGCUUAAUCUGUGUACCCGCAAGCUUCAUCAUUCCGGGGAGACAGCUGGAGAGAUGCGCGCGUUGGAUGUUUAAUUAACAAGUAAAUUAUACAAUGCUUUGACGUGAGCGAUCUAACAGCAGGCGCUUUUAUUCUGUUAGAUUUCCCUGGUUAGACCAGAAAGCACUUUCUGGUCUAAUUUUAUUCGCGUGCCCACUUCCUUUUCGUGCUUGUUAUUUUCUAACUUUCGUCAUUCCGUUUGUUAUCUUUUUUUUUUACACAAUCUAAGCUAAGGUAAAGCGGUUGCAGUGCCACAGCUGACGUCUGAACGCAGCAGAAAGGAGGGAUUAGUAGUAUUUUCUUUUUCAAAACGGAUUCAGAAAACGGACCCCAGCAUAGUUUCACGUAACGUAACGAAGAAAUCAUUGGUGUCCAGAACAUUUAAAUAUAAAAAAAUACCUGUUCUAUUUCAAUUCCUCAGUAGAAUAAGCUAAUAUUUGAACAAUUGGCGCGGAUUGUACCAAUGUUUGUAUAAAGGUUGUGAAGUGAGUUUCGAAUUUUCCUUAGUCCACUAGCUCUUGACUGUUCCUAAUUAAUUUUGCAAUAUGGCAAUACCAAUCACUAUUCAUCAAACUGGUUUGCAAGUUCAAUUUAUACUGCACCUGCCACCCGCCAACCCAUAUACGCUGUCCUCGUGCUGUGGCUAAAAGUUAUGACUGCACGAAUAAACAGGCUAGGUGAGCAGAUGCACUAAUAACUGUUCCAUACAAUCACGAUUUUAGAAAGUGUUGCUUUGAAACAUCUAAUCACGUCGGACCUCUUGGACGACAGAAUAACACGCAUUCCAAGUACGGUGGCGUGAGGCGUUGCAUAAGAGGUGUUGUUCCCAACACCAUUCCUUGGAUACUUCGAAUCAGCUAGGAUAUAAACUAACAAGUAAGUGCUUUCUUUUCGCAAAGCUGCUGUGGGAAAUGAAACAGAAUAAUUUCCUCAGUGGGAAAAGAAACUUCACUUAGCAUUGCAGUUUGUAUCGCAGACAUCGAAGGUAUUUGUUAAUGAUGAAUGGAAACGACUUCGAAAGUUACACAACAGGGAGUGCUUCUCUGACCAUUCAUUUCUCCCCUCAUUUAUAUGUUAAGUCAUCCACGUAUGUGUGUUACACAACUGAAGGGCAUUGUUAGAGCUUCGUAGUGUCAUUUCCUUACACCCAUGUGUGUCCGUCACGCAGGUCGAGUCACUCAAGCAAGUUCAAUGAUUCGUGCAUCGCAUGUGUGAAGGCAUUUGUCAGGUUGAGUGGAAUGUUGAAGUGCCAGUGUUUAGUCGCUUGUAGACUGGGGCUAUUUUAUUAAACUCGGAAACACGUGGUGCAAAAUGUCUCCGUUAUGUAUGACAUAUGCUGCAUUGGUAAUAGAUGACCACCACCAGGGGCGCUUCUCCAAUUAGGAUGUAUGCAGCCUGGAGCACUAGAAACCAAGCAAAUCGUUUAGAGAAAGCCUUUAUUGUACCGAAUAUUUAAUUAGGCCCACCGAACACUCCCGAUAAUUUAUGAGCUUCCUGAUAAUUUGAGGGAAAGCAUACUUUCAGUGAGUAAGCAAAGAGCGCCCUCUGAGUGCAUGACAGUUGAACUCAAUGGUACUUCAGCUGUUAAAUGGGACAUUAAAGAGAGAAAUGAGUUCACCUGUGCUAGUAACUUUACACUGCAAUAAUAAAAGAUCCACCCUUUCCUCGGGAGGAGGCUUGCUAAGCUGCAGAAAGCGCAAAACGAAACGCGAGGGGCGACAGCGCCUUGGAGUUCUCGCACCAACCCGCCACGACGCCAUGAUUUUUCACAGUGCUUGCAGGGGCCAAGUAAAUUUGUUUAUCAGCAAACAAGGAAUGCAUUGUAUUCCGAAGGAGAGAAAGACUAGACUUAGCAAUUUACGAGAACCUUUAUUGUGCCGCAACGUCCCAAAUACGAAACAACAAUUCACUUGGCCUUCAAUGGCCUUCACUUUCUCUUUCAGUAAUAAGCUCCUUACUGAAAAAUAAUUGAAAACAAAGCUCUGAAAGCAUACUUUCUCAGUUUAAACGUAUUCAGUGUUUCUGAUGGCACUACGUCAUAGUGUUUCAACGGCACUACAGCUGGUUCUGCUGACAUACUUUGGUCAAUGUUCCACUACAACUCGGCGUACUAUAGUCAAAACUCUCAGUGUUAUUUCAGCUGACUCGUAUGGCAGCGUGACAGCGGCCUUCGUAAGCGUCACGAACGUCAACGCUAUUUGUGCCUAAGCGGAGAGCAUCUAGCUGUACGCCUCUUGUGGUUUUAAUUUGACGCUAUGGUUUCUGCUGCGCAGUGCUUCUCAGGCAUAGGCACGAACACGAACAACCGCUAAGUGCUUUAUGUUUUCACUGCCUUUUUGCAUUAGCUCACUCACACGGAAAAGAGCUUCUAGCGCAGUUCUUCCAAUAAAGCGUAGCCUUUGAGCGCAGUAGUGUGCUUUCUAUCGAAAUAUUGCAUUAAGGAUACCCAAUGCUCGCACGCAAACGCGCUCAUGUGUCUUAAAGGUCUUCGCGCACUGUAUACAUCUGAACGUUGUUGUAUCUCAUAUGCCCCGUCAGUCACCUGUUCACAGUUUUCUCAUCCAACAUGUGCGCACUGUUGACGUCGUCUCAAUAACAAACUCAUUUUUCCCUCCUGUGAUUGUCGAUGCCCAGUUGACAACUAAUGUUGAUUGUUGCCCAUGUGCGUCCAAAUAGUGACCCCGUUGUGCAAUACUAUUUCGAGCUAGUACACAGAGCAUUCAUGUGCACGGCUUUGAUGGCGGCCACUUACUUAUGUGUACAUCCAGGUUAGUGAGCUUUCUUGCCAGUGAAAUCAGACGGUGCGCAUUUAACGAGGUGGCAGUCAUGGUACUGAUUUCACGGAGCAGUUCUGACACACAGUAACCACGCGUGUCGCCACAGAUUAGGUGGGGUAAAGGAAAUAUUUUAUUCUGCAUCAGACUUACGAAGAGACAAUCGAACAGGUCCAUAUGACGAAGUAUAUUUCAAUGCUUGACGUAAUAGUUCUGCGGAAACCCGCAAGGCGGAGAGAAAUAAUUAAUGAGGGAAAAUCAGACAUCCACCCGUUCGUAGCAAUUUCUACAAAGGCAACCCAUACGGGUUCCUCGAAAGAAA